GCUUCGUGUUUCAAGAUUUAAAUUCUCACAAAAUAAACGUCAUUGUGAACGUGAAGUUCAAACUCUAACUUCUAAGUCUUAAGUAAAUACAAUGUAGCAAUCGAUAUGCAUUACAUUUUAUUUUCAAGUACUUAUUAUAUUUAUACAUUAUAAUAAAUCUGUUGUAAUCUCUCCUCAGUUCACUAACACAGAUUGUUUAGUGACUAUAUUCUAAAUUACUGUUCAAUAUUCUUCUUAUAAGGUCUACGAAAAUAUUUUAAAAUGAGUUUAAUAACCAAUACUCAAGAACAACGGUUUAAAACUGGUGGAGAAGAUCACUUACUUUUGCAAGAAAAUGUAGUAAAAAAUGGCAAUACCUUACUGUCCAUGAAUUCAACCAUAAAUUCAAAAGUGCAACCUACUAAACAUAAUUCAUUCACAAGUGUUGCUUCUGAGCAAGUACCAGUACGUUUGACUCCUGCAUGGGAAGAAACUAAUUUACCAAACGACGAACUAAACUUUAAAACAUUUAACAUGGAUGAUGCAGUAUUAGAGACUAAUCCACCAAAAGAUAAAUGGAAUAUUGUGUAUUUAAUCUUAGUUCUACAUGGAAUAGGAAUAUUAAUGCCUUGGAAUAUGUUUAUAAAUGCUAAAUCUUAUUUUGUAGAAUACAAGUUGGGAAAAGAUUAUCUUGGUACAGAUCUAUAUUAUGCAUCUGUUUUCAUGGCUUACUUGACUAUUGGCUCACAACUACCUAGUCUUCUGUUCAACUGGCUCAAUAUAUUUUGUCCAAUAGGUGGAAAAUUGACAACUCGGAUUGUAUGGUCUAUUAUUACUGAAGUACUUUGUUUUGUUUUUACUGUCGCAUUGGUCAUGAUUAAUACGGCUCAUAUGCCAGCUUUAUUUUUCUGGUCAACUCUAGGCAGUAUAAUAUUAUUAAAUAUGGCAAAUGGUAUUUACAAUAAUUCUGUUUUUGGAAUGGCAGCUAAGCUUCCUACAAAAUAUAUUGGUGCUGUAGUUCUUGGUACGAAUUUGAGUGGUACAUUUACAUCUAUCGCUAACAUAGCAUCAAUUUCAAUAACUCCGGAUGCUAAAUCUGCUGCUAUAUAUUAUUUUACCACUGCACUAUUUGUAUUGUUAGCCUGUUUUGAUACAUAUUUUGCAUUGCCAUUAAAUAGAUUUUAUAAAUAUCACGAACUUAUUUAUCAACGUGCAAUUGAAAACCAAAAUUCAAAACAAAGCAGCGUAGUUGAAAAAAUUCCUUAUUGGCAUAUUUUUAAACAAGCCAGUCCACAGUUAAUUAAUGUAUUUUUUGUAUUCUUUGUUACUCUUUCAAUAUUUCCAGCAGUUCACUCAGAUAUUAAAUCGUCAAAUAAAGAUUUUCUUUUUGGAGAAACAUAUUAUACCAGUGUUAUGUGUUUUUUAACAUUCAAUGUAUGUGCACUUAUUGGAACAUAUCUUUCUACUUUGUUUUCUUGGCCAAAGAAAGAAUGGCUUUUUGUUCCUGUGUUACUGAGAAUUAUUUUUAUUCCAUUAUUUUUGGUUUGUAAUUACCAACCAAUUGGUGUUACAAGAAUGAUGCCAGUACUAAUAAAUGACGAUUAUGUAUUUUGGGUAUUAGGAGCAAUCCUUGGAUUAUCUAGUGGUUAUUACAGUUCUGUAGCGAUGAUGUAUACUCCAAGCUGUGUUGAAUCAAGGUACAGUGGAAUUGCAGGCAUGUUUGGAGCUGCUAUGCUGAUCACUGGAAUUUGUAGUGGGAUACUCUUUGGAAUGAUAAUGCCAUUUAUUGUUGAACACGUCUCUAUAUAAAAAUAUAUUAAAAUGUUUGAAAAUUUCUUUUCAUGUUUAAUAUUAGUCUUAUUUUUAUACAUAUUGUAU